GCCUACAAUUCCAGCAACCAGGCUGUAGCUGACACAGUUCUAGUUCUAAGCUUGCCUGCCAAGACGUCCAGUAUCAAGUUUGAGAAAACUCAUUACUCAGCUGAGUAUGUGAGGAGUUCUGCUGGGGGCUUGGACACAGUCUCACUCAACGAUGGCCCAAUUAGCCUAUCGCUACAGAAUGCCAACUAUGAAGAUCUGCAAUUCUCCUAUGAAGAUUAUGAAAGCUACUUGAAACUGGUUCCAAACGCCGGUUCCUACACGAUUCAACUGCUGAAGAAUCUGAAUGCGUCCGAACAGACGCUGAUCAUCAACAUCAUGGCGUCAACAACAUCGGGCGACGCCAGUGGAAGCACCGUCUUAGUGCUGAACGUCCCAGCUAUUGAAAGGAGCAUGAAAUUCGAUCAGCAGUACUACACUGGCAGCUACUCAGCUGCAGCUGAGCCUUCCAUCAAGCUGGACGACUAUAUUAGUUUAACCGCUGUUGGCUAUUCCACGCUGAAAUUUUCCUUGGGAGAUUUCGACGAUUACUUCGCACUGCAGUCUGAUUCUGAGGAGAAAAGCUAUAGAAUCAAAGUCAAUAGUCCUUUAGAGGACUCAGUGCUGUCGCUAUCUACUGAGCUGUUCAUUGUUCUGACGGCACAAGACACGACAUCAGGCGACAACACUUCCUCAGUUCUGAUCCUGAAGCUGCCACUUUACAGCGACGAGGUCUUCGACAGCAAUUACUACGAAGCUGAGUAUGUGGUCAGCGCAGAUGGGACCGAUUCUGUGCGGCUGCUCAGCCCAAUUCUGGUUAAAAAGUCUGCAUACACUCAGCUGACGGUUCCAGGAUAUGAGAGCUACUUGAGUGGGUCUUGCGACGCCACUUCGUUUCAAUGCGCCAUCUCUGUGGACGCUGAACUGAACUCAAGCACUUUGGUAGCCAAGGAGCUCCUCCUCACUCUCACAGCGUCCAAUGAGGAUCAAUCCAGCACUGGAAAAGCUGUGCUUUUGCUGCAACUUCCCACUAAAAACGCCAGCCUGCAAUUCACCCGACAGGUCUACAGCGCUCAGUACACCAUUGAAAAGUCAGCUACUGACCUUGGAACGCUUGUACUGUUCGAGACCAUUGCUGUAGAAGGUUCAUAUUCAGAUGACAUCAGUAUUACCUCCGACCUUCCGAACUACUUGGAGUUUGCCUUGGUGUCCUCCACUUGGACAGUGACGUUGCUGCGGAACUUCCCAGCGAACAUAUUAGCUGGAAACAGCACUUUGAUUGUUGCCUUAACAGCGCAGCAAGGGCUCGAAAAGUAUGGAACAGCAGUCUUGGCCAUUCAGCUGCCUGAUAAAAGUGCGAUAGCAUUCAGCGCUCUCAGCUACGUAGCUGAAUACGUUCUUGAUGAUACUCCUCAUGUGGUGCUGGAAACUGCCAUCGAAACCAGUCAGGCGGAGUACAGCCAAAUUGUGCUUAACAGCUUCGGCAACCACUUUGAGCUGCGAUUGGAGGACCCCCUAUGGACUAUCGAGACAGUUUCUCCAUUAAACUCUUCUAUACUUAGCCAGUUUUCCGAGCUGCAGCUACAGCUGACGAUUUUAAAAGUGGGGGUCAGCUACGGCGAGGCCAGCUUAGUGAUAAAACUGCCCAGCUUCAGCUUCUCACAGGGCGUCUAUUCAGCUACCUACACAGUGGACGCAAACAGCAUACCAAGUGUUAGUGGAGACGCUUUCGCCCUAGCCAAUUCCAAUCCAGAUUAUAUCCAACUGAAGCUAGCAGACUACUCGGAAUUCUUUUACGCUGAAGCCCAGGAGGAGACUUGGAGCUUAAAGUUGCAAACUCCCCUACCGGCCGAUAUAACACAGAACCACAGAGUGCUGGUAACAAACCUGGUAGCUGAACGACAGAGCGAUGGGGUUGUCUUGGCCACGGCCAGCUUAGUGAUCAACCUCCCCAACCAGGACUCAGACGAAGCUCCCAAAUUCUCCAACUUCGCCUACUUUGGAGAGUAUCUGAGCACUGAUCCACCUGCUGUUCAACUGAGGGCUGCCAUCGAGUUUGCCAACGAUAACAUUGCUUCAAUUUCCAAUGUUGCCAUCGAUUCAUAUGAUGAGUACUCGGGGAGUUUCCGGUUGGUUGACGAGGGAAGCAACCGGUACAGCAUUGAAGUGGCGAAGGCUUUGGAUGAGGACGUGCUGGCCGACAACUCAAGCAUUGUGCUGACUUUGCUGGCCACAUCAACUCAAGAUUUGACCAGCGCGGCUGCCCUGGUGAUAGCACUGCCAAAAUUGGUCAGAAACGCGUCCAUCCAAGUGGAGAACCAGGAGGUCCUGUUUACUGCCAACUACACACAUGGUAGCUUCACGUCUCCGAAAAUUGUGCUGCAUUUUGCCAACGAUACUGAAGACGCAGAUGUAUCAGUGGAGAUCACAAAUGAUUUGGGCAUUGACAACGCCUAUUUCCAUUACACCUGCUCGGGCCAUGUGCUGACUAUUGAUGUAGACGAACUGCCUGAAGAAGUGCUCAACGGCACUUCCAUGGUCGCCUUGAAGCUGGCCAUUACUGACCGGAACACCAACGAUACCAUUUAUGCAGUUGUAGCUGUUGAUAUUGCUACUGACUCAGCGGAGAAGGGUGCCAGUUAUGCUGGGCGCACAGCGCUGAUUGUUGCUGUGUCCCUACUGGCCGUGCUGUUGCUUCUACUACUGCUGGCAGUUUUCCUCUACUGGUUCUGUGUGCUGAGGAGGACCAAACAGGCCGACUUUACCACUAAGGAGGAAAUAGAUGUUGCCAGCAGGACCACCAUUUUCACGAAGAGGGAAGCUAAAAAGCCCAACGCAGAAUUGUCCCAGGCUGCACUGAGACGCCCCACUGGACUGCCGGCCGUUCUGCCCCAAGAGUCCCUGGACAACCACGCCUCCUAUGCGGAUCCAGAUCCAGAGAAAACGGUCGGGUUUGAUGACAACGUUGAAAAAAUCGACAACCCUGAUGAGGACGGCAAUGAAAAGUUGAGGAGUGUGGCAGACCGCAGGCCCACGAAGUUCGUUUUCGGCCACCCGCUGGAAGCGGGUGUUUUGGAUCCGAUUGCCGAUAUUCCCGAAGAGCGGCGUCGCUCUCUGGACCUUCCAGACGACAAGAAGAAGGUGGCCUUUGACGUGGAGAAUGUGGAGCGGAUGGACUUUGAGCCGGUUGAAGAACAGGACGAAGAGGAGGAGACUGAGGGCACCCGAGACAGCAACGUCUUCAAAGCUGAAGCUCAGCUGAAGAUCAACGCGGACGACGCGCAGCUGCCCAGUCAAGUAUUUAAGGAAAUAUUCUAGUGUUGUAGUAGUUUAAGGUUAAUAGAAGCGUAUCUUUGUA